AUGGUUGUGUUUACUGACGGCUGGAGUAAUAAAGGACCUGAACCAGAGGUGACCGCUAAGGAAGCUGCUGCAAUGGGCUACGAGAUCUACUCUGUCUCUUACACGGGGCACGUUGAGAACGCGGUGACGAUCAACGAUUAUACAUUGGAAGUCGUUGCGAGUGACUUACGCCACAAGUACACUGACAAGAACUUCGACGAGUUGAUCAACAAAGUUCGACAACGAAAUCUGAAAUGCUUAUGA